ACAAAUCCAUGGGUUGUGCAAGUGAGAAGCCACAGAACAUGAGCUAGGGGAGACUUCUUGAGAAGAUCUUGCCUACUCCAAAAUCUUGGUCUGUUUUUGUUUUUGUUUUUGAUAUUUUUGUUGUUUUUGCUGAGAAGUUAGGCAUCUGAAAUUUUACAAUUUCUUAUUUUAUUUAAAAGUAAACCAGUGGAUUGAAGAUGAGACUAAAUAUCGCCAUCUUCUUUGGGGCCCUCUUUGGAGCUUUGGGGGUUUUGCUUUUUCUGGUGGCUUUUGGAUCGGAUUAUUGGCUUCUUGCGACUGAAGUGGAGAGGUGCUCGGGUGAACAGCAAAUAGCAGAUAUCACCUUCUACCAUGAAGGAUUCUUCUGGAGAUGCUGGUUUAGCGGGGUCAGGGAGGAAAAUUAUUCCAGCACCUAUAAGUUCUGGUACACCAAUCAGCCACCAUUUAAGAACUGCACCCAUGCCUACCUGUCCCCGUACCCCUUCACGCGGGGCCAGCACAACUCAACUGCCUAUGAUUCUGCAGUCAGCGCUUUAUAUCAAAUCUGUGGUUGCAUAUCCUCAAGAAUAUUUUAUCAUCAAUCUUCUUUCCUCACUCUCUCAAGACACCAUUUCCAUGCCGGACAUGGUGGUACAGGAGGAUCCAGGCUGAGGCAGAAGGAUCACUGCAUCCUGUUUGUUAUGGUGGUGCUGCUGUAUACCAUCUGGGUCCAGCUGGUGGCAGACUUCGAGGGCUAUCGGAGCAUGAAGCUGAAGGACUGUCUGGAAUUCACCCCAUCCGUCCUGUUUGGCUGGUCAUUUUUUGUGGCCCCGGCAGGAAUAUUUUUCUCUUUGCUGGCUGGCUUACUCUUUUUAGUUGUUGGACGGCAUAUUCAAUUACAUCACUAAACAGACUGUGACCACCAGCAUUUUUUUCCAUCUUAUUUUAAAGAUAUCAACAUAAAAUUAGUUGAUGUUCCUCUGACUUGUCUUUGGAAAUGAAGCAUUGUGCUUGUGAUGUCCUCUAAGAAACUGCUAGAAUUUCUCCAGACACUAACAUGUUCCCAUAUUAUCUAAGUGCUAUCAAGGACUCAAUUCUCCAGGGAAACAAUACCUCCUUUCAUGGCACAUUUUGGAGUCCAUGCAGGUUGGGUAGACCCAAUAAUACCAUACCACCACUGGGGGCAAAUCAAGAUUUAGUUUGAAGUCUCCUUUUUGGACAUUUGUUUCUGUUGCUAAUUUAAAAACAAAAUCUUGGAGAAAAAUUAAGAAUGAAAAACAUGUUGUCAGAGAAUUUCUUUCACUUUUCCUCUACCCAGAUACCUACCCACAUAUACAUUCACUGACUCCUGUUAGCAAAUUAUUCACUAUUUAAAAAUAGACAACAGUUAUUCUUGUUAGCAGGAGCUACAGACUUUGAAGUUAAAAUGGUCCACAACAAAUGAAACCAAAAAUAUGUAUUUUAUUUUUUCUCACUAAAAUUAAUUUGCUUGCCUAAUUUUAUUCUGUUAAUUGUGCAUGUUCACACAAACUUUAAGCUACAUUUAAAAUUGGCAGAUUUGUACACCAAAUUUUAUAUAAUAUAAAUGAAGAUUUUAUAAACUUAAAGUAGGCUAAUUGUAUAAUGUAAUAUGGUUGAAAAUAUGUAAAAACCAAGCACGUCAAUUCAGUACAUAAUCCUGUUUGAUAUUUUGAAAUUCGUUUAAAAAUUAUAUUGCUAAGAUGUUCAACAUGUGAAAAUUUAUUGAUGAAAUGUGCUUUUAAUAUUCUCCACCUAUAAAGUUUUGAAAUACGUCCAUGUAAGGCUUGCUUUGUGAAAGACUAUGAAAUAUUAGCUCUCCCCAAGAUUUUAUAGGUACCAGUUCUUCUGAUCAUUUUAUGUCUUUAAUUAUUGCCCCUCAAUUUCUUCUUCUUUACAAUAGAUACAUUAACAUUUACAGAUCUGCAAUAUCCUUUAACUUCCUAGAAGGAAAGAUUUUUUUUUUGAUGGGGAAAAAUAAUUCUUUAUCAUUUGCUAGCAUAGACAUUUUGCGUAUCAAAGAACUUUCUCUGGCGUGAAUGUUGAUUGAAAUGAAACUCAUCUAAGGGAUAUAGGUAUUUAUAUUCUGGAAGCUUCUAUCAUGCCAAAGUUUGAUGUUAGUGAAAGAACAGCAUUUCAGCACAUGUGAGCUUUGUUGGAGGCCCCUCCCUGUUUCCUUAAAGAGUUGGUGAGAAGGAAAGGAAGGACCCAGAAGGAGAGGGGAACUGCCUGAAAGUCAUUCUGAUAGGGAAGCAGUGGCUUCUCACCCAACUGGUCCCAUGGAGAGCUCGCCCAAGCCUUCUUUGCAUGCCUUCUAUUUAUCCUGAGGCCUCAGUGGGAGGGGGCUGAGAAGCUAAGGUCUCAGUUAUCUAUAGAAUCCUGAGGACAUUCUAAUGAUAGUUAGGGCUUACCCGUAACAAUGAUUUUUUUUGGUUUCAGGUAUUGAGCUUGGGACCUUGUGCUUGUGAGGCAGGUGGCAGAACCACUGAGCUAAAUCCCUGGCCCAUAAGAAGAAUUUUUUAAUAGUGCCAGACUUUAGCUGGUUUCUCAAGUCAUUUUGAUGAUUAUCAUGAAUAUUUUUGUGGUUCUUUUCCUUUUUCUUCUUUAGUUUCAUUUUUAUAUUGCUUCAUUUACUUCUUUGCUUUUUCAUCUUGAUUAUCAGAAAAAAUACUUAUGGGUUCUGCUAUGCUUUUGGACCAUGUUAGUAAGUGAUAGCAUGCCAUUCAGGGUUCUGGAAAAUGCUUACAUGUAUUUAAUUAGCUAUUCCUGUUCCCAGGGUGUUGGAAUGGAACCUUUCUCUGGAGUAUUUUAUGCCAUUUAAAUUUCAUAUAUAAGCUGCUUUUAGUAAAGGUUUGAGUAUUUAUAACCUCACUUUGUAAUACAUUAAAGCGGCUACUGUGUGUUUAUCAUCAUGUGGCACUUUUACACAGACCCACACAGUGCGAGUUUUUUACAGUUGCUAUGCAUCAGUUCCUUACUGAGGGGAAGGAAUGAAAGUGAGUUGUGUUUGCUAUGUCAACAUAUAAACUACAUUUAAAUUUUGGAGAGAUAUGAGGUAGGAUAAAACAUAGUGAAUGUUCAAAUUUUUAAAAAAGUUACAGUAAAAGACAUAUUGUCAUUAAUCCCUCUCAAAAUAUUCCACCCUUGCUUCAAACACACUCAUCCCUUCAUUCUUGCCUCUUUCUGAAUUAGUUCUGGAAGAUUUCUUUCUUGAGUACUUCUAGUUUCACUGUCAUGGUGGCCUUGGUGUCCUGAAUCAAUUGAAACUGCUUCCCUUUCAUGGUAUUUUGACUCCAAGGAAGAGCUGGAAGUCACAUGGGGCUAGAUCUGGUGAACAAGGUGGAUGAGGACACACUGUUGUAUUUUCACGAGCUGCCUUUCCUUAGGAUGGCACACAGCAGCACCAUUCACCGUAUUUUUUAUCAUACCUCCUAAAGAUACUCACGAAAAGGACUUCCAGAACUGCUUCAGAAAAUGGCAAGAGCAACAGGAUAAGUGUGUUUAAGCAGUGGGGGGAAGGGGGAAGAUUUUGCGAGUAAUUCAUGGCAAUGUGUCUUUUAGUUUAAAAAGAUUUUAAAAAUUUAAACAUUCUCCAUAUACUUUGUUCACACUUUGCAUGCAGUAGAUUGCUAUAACAGCCUUUUAUAUGAUCUGGGGUACUGUAUUUACAAAUGUCUGUGCUGUGUUUAUUUCUCUGGGGAGUGUAUUGAUUAAUUUUCAGAAGCCUUCAAGCAAAGGGUUUAAAUCUUUUUUCAAAGUGUUGAUCUUGCAUCCUACAGUUUUGAUUUCACAAAUGAGAUUAUCUUUGCAGUGACCCUGGCAGAAUGGACAAAGAGGGCAGCUAGUGAAUCCUGGGUGGUGGUGAGAGCUGCGACUUCUCUGGGUUGUGUUUGUUCUGUAGCUGAAGUUCACAGUGGCCCUAAAACAAGUGGUGAGGCCACACCUCGAGGCUGAACACUACUGCUCACCACAGGUAUGGUUGCUG